AAGGACUUGAUAUUUCGCACUACGAGAUCGAUGUGCCUGGCCAGUUUAUGCCAGACAAUCUAUUUGAGAGGAGCGUGGAGCGCAGUCUGCCGACACAGGAUUUGUAUGGACUGCAAUCUGUUACUUCAUCAAUUGGCUUCAACGAGUCGCAAACCUACGCUUUCGCGUUUGAUACGAAGAUUGCCACUAGCAACGUCACACUGAAAGUUACCAUCGAUUCCAGACCUCCGUCUUGGCGGAGCAGCGACGAAGGUUUGGUGCUUUAUUACGACUUUGACGAUGAUCUGACAGGUAUUGAGGACACCAAGAAGGUCGAGUUCAGGAACUUUGAGGCCGUCCUUACUUUAAACAAUACCCAGGUCAACAUGCACUCCUUCAUGUUUGCACGGCUGAUGUCUGGUGGAUGCGGCCAGUGCAAGAAUAAUGAAGAAUGGACCUACACGAUGGAAAUAUCUAGCGGAUCGAUCUACUUUAAUUACACCGGAGAAACCCUCAUUUCUGUGGUUGAUGUGGACGACGAGAGCGUUUUGUUGAGUGGUGCGGAUUUGUGGUCAAAUCCAAACACCGAGUUUGUGCUUUCGUUGUACAGCGAUGCAAAUUACACCAGUGAAGUGUUGACACAGGUGAUCAACAACAGCACGGUCACGGGAGAUCGCAACCUCAUUCAGAUCACCGGAUUACAAAGAAACAGCACCUAUUUUGCCACCUUCACAGAACAUCUCUUUGGAAGCGACGUGACGCUUGUUCACCAACGCUUUAACUUCACUUUGCGCGACUCGCAAGCGUGCAAGAUCAUACACAACCUGGAAUUCUGCAAGGACGUGGCAUAUGCUGUUCCGGCAUCGGCCGCACUAGUUGAAGGAGCUCAGACGGUCGACCAGCUUGCAGCCUUAUACGAUAACUACUCCUCGUCUCUUUACGUCAACUUCGACUAUGCGCUGCAACAAAUACCCUGUGACACCGAACUUGACGCAAGAUACUCACCCAUAGUGACAUGCGAUGAUUGCAGACACUCAUAUCGGCAAUGGCUGUGUGCAGUGACCAUUCCUAGAUGUUCUACAUUAGAUGCUCCGCUGUACAAGCUGUACAAUCAAUCAGAAGGAAGAACAGAUUUCAUUGCCCAAACGAUCCAGCCGCCUUUGAGCUACUAUGAGUUCGAGAUUGUCCGCCCGAUUUUGGAUUCAAGUGCCCUUCAACCUCCUCCUUGA